GGUUUGUGACUAGUUCAUACGUAAACCAGAGUAAACACUACGACCCCACUCUCAAAACCGCGCAAAUCAACACCAUCACAAACGCCACUGAAUAUUCCCACUCACUCCCAACUUCAAAAUCAACACUCAUAACCGAUCGAAAGACGCAUCUAUCAUCGAUCGCUGAAAAUGGCGAUCUUCUGGAAGCAUCUAAAGUCAUCGUCUCCGCUACUUCAACGCCUCAAACGCCACGUCACCGGCGGUCACUGUAUACUCUCGCGAUCUUUCACCACGAUGGAAGGUCAUCGUCCAACUAUCGUCCAUAAACGAAGUCUCGACAUUCUUCACGAUCCUUGGUUCAAUAAAGGAACGGCUUUUUCCAUGACCGAACGAGAUCGUCUUGAUUUACGAGGACUGCUUCCUCCAAAUGUUGUGUCUUCUGAUGUACAGAUUGAGCGCUUCAUGGUUGAUCUGAAAAGGCUUGAAGUUCAAGCAAGAGAUGGACCUUCUGAUCCUAAUGCAUUGGCCAAGUGGCGGAUACUAAAUCGGUUGCACGACAGAAAUGAGACAAUGUACUAUAAAGUUUUGAUUGCCAACAUUGAGGAAUAUGCACCAAUAGUAUAUACUCCAACAGUGGGUCUUGUCUGUCAGAACUAUAGUGGACUGUUUAGAAGGCCAAGAGGAAUGUAUUUCAGUGCUGAGGAUCGUGGAGAAAUGAUGUCCAUGGUUUACAAUUGGCCAGCUGAUCAGGUCGAUAUGAUUGUAGUUACCGAUGGGAGCAGAAUUCUGGGACUUGGAGAUCUUGGUGUUCAAGGAAUUGGCAUUGCCAUUGGGAAGCUUGAUCUAUAUGUUGCUGCUGCUGGCAUGAAUCCUCAAAGGGUACUUCCUGUGAUGAUUGACGUUGGUACUAACAACACAAAGUUACUUGAAGAUCCCUUAUAUUUAGGAUUGCAGCAGCAUCGCCUUGACGGGGAUGACUAUCUUGCUGUUAUUGAUGAAUUUAUGGAAGCUGUCUUUACUCGCUGGCCAAAUGUGAUUGUACAGUUUGAAGAUUUUCAAAGCAAGUGGGCUUUCAAAUUAUUACAACGGUAUAGAACUACCUACCGAAUGUUUAAUGAUGAUGUGCAGGGGACAGCUGGUGUUGCAAUAGCUGGACUUCUAGGUGCUGUAAGAGCUCAAGGAAGGCCAAUGAUUGACUUCCCCAAGCAGAAGAUUGUUGUUGCUGGUGCUGGAAGUGCUGGAAUCGGUGUUCUUAAUGCAGCAAGAAAAACAAUGGCAAGAAUGCUGGGUAAUAACGAAGUCGCUUUUGAGAGUGCAAAGAGUCAAUUUUGGGUUGUUGAUGCAAAGGGAUUAAUCACAGAAGGACGUGAAAAUAUUGAUCCAGACGCCCUUCCUUUUGCAAGAAAUUUGAAAGAAAUGGAUCGCCAAGGACUAAGGGAAGGAGCAAGUCUUACGGAAGUGGUUAAGCAAGUGAAGCCUGAUGUCCUCCUAGGACUAUCUGCUGUUGGAGGAUUGUUCUCAAAGGAGGUACUAGAGGCCCUCAAGGGGUCAACCUCAACAAGACCAGCCAUAUUUGCCAUGUCAAAUCCAACAAAAAAUGCUGAAUGCACUCCUGAAGAAGCGUUCUCCAUUUUAGGCGACAACAUUAUAUUUGCAAGUGGAAGUCCAUUUAGUAAUGUGGAUCUCGGUAAUGGACAUAUUGGACACUGCAACCAGGGAAACAACAUGUACCUAUUUCCGGGUAUUGGCCUUGGAACUCUUUUGUCUGGCUCUAGGAUCGUAUCUGACGGCAUGCUACAGGCUGCUGCUGAGCGUCUGGCUGCAUAUAUGAGUGAAGAGGAGGUCCUGAAGGGAGUUAUUUUCCCUUCAAUAUCCAGAAUCCGAGAUAUUACUUUGGAGGUAGCUGCAGCUGUUAUAGAAGAGGCCGUGGAGGAGGAUCUAGCUGAAGGAUAUCAUGAAAUGGAUGCUCGAGAGCUCCGCAGACUUAGUCCGGAUGAAAUUAAGGAUUAUGUGAAGAAUAACAUGUGGAAUCCAGAGUACCCAACACUAGUAUACAGGCAUGAAUGAGCAACCUGCAGGGUGGAAUCAUCCUUGCAAAUUCAAUUUAUAUGAAAUUCCAAAGUAUCAUUUUAAAACUUAUUUUGAUGUGUGUUCAAAAAAGAAAAGCAAAUUGGUUGAUGAUUCAGUUUUCUUUUUUAAUUUGUGUAGUCUUAUAUUUAGUUAUCAAAGGAUUAUAGCCAAGUAUUGAGUCAUUGUCAUAUAAAUUACUUUGAAAGUAACAAGUAGUCUUUGAGAUUGUAGAGCACCAUAUUGAAGGAAUCUAUCUAUACACCAAUAUUUAAAUGGUGUAUUGGUAAUUACUGUAAGUGUCAACAUACAAUGAUAAUCAAUAGUUCAUUAUUUUAGUUA